GUAACCUUUGACCUUCCGCGUCAGGUCACCGCUGGACAGAUGGUCGAUUCUCACGAAAAUCUGCGCUGAAACGACACAUUUUCGUAAGGAAAGCGGGCUUCCUAUCAGAAGUUCGAGACCAGUUACCAUGGCAACCACUGGUGGUGCUAAAAUCUGCGGACUGUGUAAGGAGGUGACCCUGGCCGUCCUUCCCAGACUGCACCAGGAGGAACUUCUACUUGAACUUGACCGAAGGAACAUCCUCGUGGGAGAAACUUACAAGAAGGAGAGUUUGGUCAGCAAGCUGUGGGGCCUUAUGGUUAAGGAAUUCCAAGGUACAGAUCACAGUGUGAUCCCAGAAGCCCCCACAGCUGCUACAGGUACACCACACAGUUCUGCAGCAGAACAGAGGACCAUGUGGGCAACCUUGUCAAACGACCUUCAAGAGCUGAUGGAAACUGUAACAUCAACAAAUAGUGCCACCGCCACAGUUCCAGUAACACCAACCACUAACAAUGCAGACUCUCAUGUAAGUCUGACUAAUGGUGUUGGUACUACUAGUACAAUUGUCACUACUCCAACCAAAAGCACCAAACCCACCCCGACACAACCAGUGACAGUGUCGAGUCCACUGCGAGUCCCUGUACUCGCACAAGAAGUGGUCGUUGAGACAACGACAGUCACCUCACCAAGGAGAAGUGCCAGGCUGCACAACUUGGAGACACAAGUAGAAGCAUCAUCUUCAACUGUAAGAAACCUGAUGAACAUUGGUGACACGGUUGAGACGUUGGAAGAGAGCACUGUGACCAAGGAGGGACUGGGGAAAGGAUAUCUGAAGAGAGAGCUCCGAGCGAUCACAGUAACCAGGCAGUCCUGUAGUGUGGGCUCCAACACUGUUGUAACAGACCUGGGAGCCAUAAGGGAGCUGGCAGAUGAGGAUCAGGAUGAUCCUGAUGUAACGUUAUCAGAAGAUGAGGAGGAAGAUGAAGUGUCAUCAGAUGAAGAUGAUGAUGGUCCACUGGAUGAUGAUGAUUCAGAUUGGCAACCUGAGUCACCAAUGGAGGACAGUAACAGUGACAAAGAGGCGAGUGGUAAGGACAGCAAUUCGAGUCCUAUACAGCCAUCUGAAGAGGCGGCCCCAGGUGCAAACUCCCAAGGUGAAGUUUCGACAUCCCGUCAUGAUGACACCGCCAACGUUAACAGGGAUGAACAACAAGGUCUCACUACAAGUAAGACGGUCAAAUGUCCAGAGUGCGAAUUCACCACGACAUCCAAGCAGAGGCUGUACUGUCACAAGACUUCCCACGACAAGACACGCCCCUUCGCCUGCGACAAGUGUGACUACCGAGCGAGGCUGAAGCAAGGCGUUAAGGUACAUUUGAAGCUGAUCCAUGGUCAAGGGCAGGUCUACAAGUGCAAGGAGUGCGAGUUCUCCACCGAGGGUCGGCGCCAAUUUUUCUUGCAUAUGUCGCAGGAACACGGUGCUCGCGGCGCUCUCUGCGAGCUUUGUGGUCACCGCGCCAGCACACCAAGCCUCCUGAAGAAACACAUGUAUAAACACACUGGUGAGAAACCUUACAAGUGCUCGCAAUGUGCCUACGCUGCCACCAGUUUAUCAACCUUCAUGAGACACACCAAGACCUCCCACCCAGGCCAGAAAUGCUUCAAGUGCAACUUCUGCAGCCACCUCGCUGAAAACAGGAACCUUUUACGCAAACACGUAAAGACACACAAGGCAGAACACGUGCACAAAUGUCCGGUGAGAUCGUGUGAAUUUACAAGUAACGAAAGCGCUGAAUUAGUUCUCCACCUAGCCACCAAACAUAAAAAGCAUCAGCAGUGCUCCUGUGCUGUUUGUAACCACAAAACCUUCUUACUACGCGAGCUAAAAGAACACAUGAAAACAACCGGGCAUGGGAAGCUGUAUCUGUGUGACAAGUGCGGUUUUGCUGCCAAAACGUAUUCUAGCCUCACUAGCCACAGGAAGGGACAUAACAGAACCAGUAAGUACAAAUGUGACCAGUGUAGCUUCAGUUCUUGCUUUAAGUCAAUUAUCACCAAUCACAGCAAAAUCCAUGGACCUGACCCGUUCCAAUGUCGGCACUGUGAUUUCAAAGCCGACAACCAGACCGAUUUUAGCAUCCAUCUUGGAAAGCACGUGAACUCUGCUAAUACGAUGACUUGCGACAUGUGCGGAUACAUUGCCAAGACUGAGGAGGCACUGGAACAGCACAUAAAGGAACAUUCCACAGCUGAACACAUUUACAGGUGCAGCACCCGUGGGUGCGAUUUCUCCACACCCGAUAGGCUGUGUUUUGUUCGUCAUGAGACUUCCCACAAGCCGGACCGUCGGUUUACAUGUGACCACUGUGACUACAGAGCAAAGAAGAAGUCAAGCCUUGCAACUCACAUGAGGAUCCACACAGGAGAGAAACCCUUGAAGUGUUCUAAGUGUUCUUAUGCCACGUCUCUUGAUCACCUGCUGCGUAGUCAUGAAGCCAGGCACAAGGCAGAACUCAAAGCAGCUUCUGAUUCUUAAAAUUCCUCUUACUUGUUCACACAGAGAAAAGAACAUUGAGAAUUAAGUUUAAAAGUCAGUUGUCAAUGCCAUUGUCAUUAGAAUUCAAAGAUUACAUUUUGAGAAUUAAUAUUAUUUUCACUACCACCAAGGAGUCAAGGACAUUAUAAUCCUUCAUUACAUGUAUUAUCAAUAGCAAUUUUUUUCAACUUUUUAUUGAUGAAUCAUGGGUUACAUAUGGUGACAUAAGGCCAGAUCUGUUCCUAACAUCGAUAUACCAAGACCAUGUGAAGGAACUAAGCAAUAUUAUCAUAAACCUUAUUGAGCUUUCUUUUUCUGGAUAUUUGUUGUAAUCAAAAGCUAGCCAAUUUUUUGCCUGUUCAAGUGUUAAUUUGCAUUUAGUAAGAACAUUUUCAAACAAAAUAACUAGCUUGAACAUCUAGGCAACCUAGUACAUGUACUAGUAGUCUGUAAGCUUGCCUUAAUAUUAAUUCAAUGACUUGUUUUGAACUGUAAGUAAACGUGUUAAGGUGUCUUUGAAUUUGGCCAUGGAAAUGAAAUAAAAAAGAUGAUUUUCCUGUCAAUAUCAGAGUGUAU